AUGGAUAUAGAUAGUCAACAAGAAAUAAAUUCACCUCCUACUCCAAUUCAUCCUGCUCCUAAUGAAGAAUUAACCAAUGAUUUACCAACUGGGAUAAUAGCAGAUUCAAACAUAGAUUUAAAUCCAGAUUUAUACGAUGAUGAUGAUGAUGAUGAUGAUGAUGAUGAUGAUGUUCAGGAACAAGAACAAAAGCAACUGAUUGAACAGAAUGAACAUGUUACAAUGCCUUAUAUUCAACAACUACAGCAUCAAGACGCGACUGUUUCAGUAUCUGCAUCAGCUACAGAAUCUGAAUUAGAAGAUGUUGAUAUAACUCAAUUACAACAAAUUACAUUACCUUUUAAUGAAUCAUAUCAAUUACUUAAAAUAAGUUUUGAAAAUUCAACUAAUAAUAAUGGAAAUAUAACCACUGGCCAACAAUCCAAAUUUAUAAAUUAUCUUGAUGAAAUAUUAUUACAAAUUCAAAGAAAGUAUAUUAAACAAAAAACUGAAUCAGUGAUGAUUUAUUCAUUAAUUGAAUUAUUACAAGAUUUAUCAAAUGUAAUUAAUUUAAUUUGGGUUUCAAUUCAACAAAAACUGGUUUUAUUUGGACAAAUUGAAUAUUAUAUUAAAAUAUUAGGAGAUUUAGAAGAUUACGUAUCGAAUUAUCCUCAUUUAUUUAAUGAAUCUUGGUCAACAGGAAGUGGUUCACAUCGUCAUUUACAAAUAGAUAUGCAAAAUUUAGUAAUUUUCUUUAAAUUUUGGCAAAAAAUUGAUUUACAAUUAAGUUUUUUAAUCGAUGGUUAUAAUGUUGAUAUAAAUGGGAAUGGUAAAUUGAUGAAGAUGAAUACAACUGAAAUAACAAGAUUAUUACCUAUUAUUUCAAGAUUAAGAAUAUUGAUAAUUUCCAAGAUUGAUAUGAUUAGAGGUAAAUUGAAACAUGGUGAUGACCAUGAUGAUAAUAUUCUAAACAUAUUUGAAGUUGAAAUAAGUCGAAUAUUUGAAGGUGUUUUGGAAAGAACUUGA